GGGGUUUCUAAAUUGAUCGGGAUGGACAGGGAGGCCUUCAGAGAAAGCUGAAAAGCUCAUGGCACACUGUUGCACGCGUCACUCCCCUCCACGACGGCUGGUUACUGAGCGCCCCUGAAGCCAACACAUCAUGAAAGGACACCAGCGAGAAAUGGAGACUCCCAUGGACGGCUCCAGCAUCCAAAGCAGGGCCCUGGAGAUUGUGCCCACCACUGAGGGGAAGCUCAAAGGUCGGGGUCAGUGGGCCAACAAGAUGGAGUUCAUCCUGUCGGUGGCAGGAGAAAUCAUUGGUCUGGGCAAUGUGUGGCGUUUCCCUUAUCUCUGCUACAAGAAUGGAGGAGGGGCUUUCUUCAUCCCAUACCUGAUCUUCCUGUUCACAUGUGGCAUCCCUCUCUUCUUCCUGGAGACGGCGAUGGGUCAGUACACCAGCGAAGGAGGAAUCACCUGCUGGACGAAGAUCUGCCCGCUCUUUGAAGGAGUUGGCUAUGCGACACAAGUGAUUGUUGCCCUGUUGAAUGUCUACUACAUCAUCGUGUUGGCCUGGGGAAUCUUCUACCUCUUCAACUCCUUCACCAUGAACCUGCCCUGGGCCUCCUGCAACAACACCUGGAACACAAAGUCCUGUCGGGAGUUCGAGAAGGUGAACGGCACAUUCAUGCACUACGAGAACGCCACGUCUCCGGUCAUGGAGUUCUGGGAACGCAAGGUGUUGAGAAUCUCCUCAGGCAUCGAUCACAUUGGCUCUCUGAACUGGGACCUGGUCCUGUGCCUUGCCACUGCUUGGGUCAUGUGCUACUUCUGUAUCUGGAAGGGAGUCAAGUCUACGGGCAAGGUGGUGUACUUCACCGCAACCUUCCCUUAUGUCAUGCUGGUGAUCCUGCUGAUCAGAGGCAUCACUUUACCAGGAGCCAUGGCAGGAAUCCACUUCUAUCUCUACCCAGACCUGGCCAGACUCGCCGAUCCACAGGUUUGGUUGGAGGCGGGAACUCAGAUCUUCUUCUCAUUCGCCAUCGUCCUGGGCUGCCUCACGGCCCUGGGGAGCUACAACAAAUACGACAACAACUGUUACAGGGACUGCAUCUGUCUCUGCUUCCUGAACAGCGGCACCAGCUUUGUGGCUGGUUUUGCCAUUUUCUCCAUCCUGGGCUUCAUGUCGUACGAGCAGAACGUACCCAUCUCGCAAGUGGCUGAAUCUGGUCCCGGCUUAGCCUUCAUCGCCUACCCGCGCGCCGUGUCCAUGAUGCCCUUCUCCACUUUCUGGGCCUGCUGCUUCUUCAUCAUGAUCGUGUUCCUGGGACUGGACAGUCAAUUUGUGUGUGUGGAGAGUCUGGUGACUGCCAUCGUGGACAUGUACCCCUCCACGUUUCGCCGCAAGAACCGAAGAGAGCUUUUAAUCCUGGUGGUGGCCGUUGUUUGCUUCCUGGUGGGGCUGAUCAUGUUGACAGAGGGCGGGAUGUACGUCUUCCAGCUCUUUGACUACUACGCCUCCAGUGGGAUGUGCCUGCUCUUUGUGGCUGUGUUUGAAUCUGCCGCCAUCGGUUGGAUCUAUGGUGCAGACCGGUUUUACGACAAUAUCGAGGACAUGAUUGGUUAUCGGCCCAGCGCGUUCAUGAAAUUCUGCUGGAAGUACCUGACACCCGCCACCUGCCUCGGAACCUUUGCCUUCGCCUUGAUCAAGUACACGCCUCUGAAGUACAACAAAGAAUACGAGUACCCCUGGUGGGGUCACGCGUUCGGCUGGAUGCUGGCUCUGUCCUCCAUGUUGUGCAUCCCUCUCUUCUUGGUCUUGAAACUCCGUCGGACGCCUGGAACGCUGCGAGAGCGUCUGGCUGUGCUGACCACUCCCUCCAGUGACCUUCCCAAGACCAAGCAGGAGCGGGAGAGUCUGCUCAACCUCCCGCAGGAAGACGGUGACAGCCUCGAUCACAAAUCUACUCUGACAAAGGACGGCUAUAUCCCGGUCAAUGACAAGGAGUCUCACUGCUAGAGACUGCUAGCUGUCGUGUGUGGGGGGCAAAGGUCAACCAGUGGCAACGACAACCGCUGGGACUGUUCCCCGUGGCAAGGCACCACCAGAUAAGGUUGCAUAUCAAGCACAAGGUUCAUGUGACGGACGAGGUUCCGCUCGUUCGUGGAAAAGUGGGUCAGAAACAUUUUGCUGGAGGAGAGGAAACAUGGCCAUUGUUCAAAAAUGGCUGAGGUCUAGCAUUUCAUCAAAAUUGCUUUCUGAGGAAGCACUUUUUUUUCUCUGUUAUGGACAGCCUCCUGUUCAGUAGUGACUUUUGAAUCCAUGACAACCACAACUCCGGUGGAGGCGUGACCAGCAUACGCUUCUUAUACAUUGUUAUUGUUACUCUUAAUAUGUGUGUUUAUGGAGCUUUUUAUAUAUAUAAACCUUGAUUUAAAGCAGGCAAACAUUUUUAGAUAUUGUAAUAUAGAAUAAUUCUAAACAAUUGUUACAUUACAACUUUGGAUGAUUUAAUAUUGUUUGUCAUUCAAAAAUUCCAAGUAAUGAAUCACCUACUGAUUAAAUAAGAUUUUUGUUUGUUCCUUGUAAAGCUUAAGGAACCUGACCUUCAAUGGCCAGAGAUGCCACGACGUUAUCCUCCAGAAUAUGCAGAGGCAGGACAGCAGCGCAGAGCUUGCAGAUGAAAGUACUGGAAGCAAAUGUCAGCCAGGUAUCUUGUGACUAUUGGCUGUUGUUUCUGUAUGACUUAAACCUGGAGAUGCUCUUUUCUCCGUCUGCCUCCGCGACCUGGCCGUUGAUAAGUGUUGGAAAAUGGCUGGAUGGAUGAAUAUAAUAAAC